CUCGUCCUGCUUUACGGUACGUCUCAUUCUACGUAAGAAUGCUUGCGGAUUUAACUUGUUAUCUUUCUCGCUAAUUCGUUCACACGCGCUAAUUGUUUCCUCUUUCUCUUCAAAGGUAGUUAUUUAUUUAACCAUCUAUCUACCCUCUAUCUAUGUAUCUAACUAUCUAUAGGACAAUAGAAGACAGCGAAUAAGUUGCUUUGCUGUAAACACCUGUUCAGCUUUUUCCGAACGUACGAAUUAAAUGAAGCUCGUGGAUCGACGAUCGAUCGACCGUGAGAAAUAUCAAGACUCCAUUUUGGAACUGGACUUUUUAAUCUUCAUAAGAACAAGUCGAUUAAUGAAGAAACAAUGAACGUCUUAAAUCGAAGAAAAUAAUCAAGAUUAACAAGAUUUUCUCGAUAUUUCAAAGAUGAAUGCGUUUGUUGGAAUGUGCGUUGCCAACGAGUGGAAUCGUCAAGGCACCGUUUUACGAUGCCAGGAAAAGCCGAGAAUGAACGUAAAGAUAAGCAAAACGAAGAACGGAAUGGACUCGUUACCACCACCACAUAAGAUCUUUAUGGUCCUACGUGGUAUCCUGACACCUGCGACUGCUCGACUUAUUCGGAAUAAAUUAUCUAAAAGGACUCGAGAAGGUGGUAACAACAACGGCACUCCAGUAGGACAAUUAGGGUCGACGCGUCAUGGACCUCAGCUGAUGAGCCUGCUUCGUUUAUGCACCACUGUGCACCACCAUCACCAACAACAACAACAACAACAACAACAACAGUCUUCCCAGUACAGUACUUUGCAUACCGACAAAAUAUUUCCGAAUCCGUCGUCGGAAUUUUAUCAGAAGGAGAGGAUAAAUUCGUCUCAGGAAAUUCCUACCGACGAGCUGGCUCUACUAGCUAAGCUGGAGGAAGCCAAUAGAUAUUUUAUUUACAGGCUCAUCGAAUCGGAUGCAAAGUCGCUUAACUCGCUUCAGAGCAAUCAUAGUAGGAAAGGUUCGGAUACAUCGCAGGUGUCCGUGGCGUCGGGGGGUAGCGGAGGCAACGGAGAUGCCGCACCCCGACGCCACACGACUGUCGAUGGCGAGGAGAACACCUGGAGUUUGUGGGGUCACAUAGUCGCCGAUUGGGAUUAUCAUUGGAAGAAGAGAAAAGAAUUUGUCAAGGAAUUAGUUCGACAGGGUAUACCCCAUCACUUCAGGGGUAUCGUCUGGCAAAUGUUGAGCGGCGCACACGAUUCUCCUGUAAAAAAGCAGUUCGCAGAAUAUAUCAAAGCAACGUCAGCCUGCGAGAGGAUAAUCAGGAGAGAUAUAGCGAGAACAUAUCCUGAGCAUGACUUCUUUAAGGAAAAAGAUGGUCUUGGUCAGGAGAGUUUGUUUAACGUUAUGAAAGCGUAUAGUCUUCAUGAUCGCGAAGUGGGCUACUGCCAAGGUUCGGGAUUCAUUGUAGGAUUGCUUCUUAUGCAGCAAAUGCCAGAGGAAGAAGCUUUUGCAGUAUUAGUAGCGCUUAUGCAAGAGUAUCGUUUGCGAGAUAUGUUUAAGCCGAGUAUGGCAGAAUUAGGGGUGUGCAUGUAUCAAUUAGAACAUUUAGUCGCCGAUACGCAUCCCGAACUACACGCUCAUUUCACGGCUCAAGGUUUUCAUACUUCGAUGUACGCCUCCUCUUGGUUUCUCACGCUGUUCACCACGGCACUGGGACUACCCCUCGCCUGUCGUAUCUUUGAUGUAUUCCUAUCCGAAGGAAUGGAGAUAAUCUUCAAAGUUGCGCUGGCUAUGUUGCAUUUAGGAAAGGAGGAUUUACUCAGUUUGGAUAUGGAGGGCAUGUUGAAGUUUUUCCAGAAACAAUUACCCAGCAAAGCUGAGAAAGAUCCGGACGUACUUAUGAAUCUGGCAUACAGCAUGAAAAUAAAUCCAAAGAGGAUGAAGAAGCUGGAGAAGGAUUAUACCGUUCUCAAGAUGAAGGAGCAAGAAGAGAUGGUAGAAUUACGGAGACUCAGGGCGGAAAAUAGAUUACUCAGGCAAAGAACUGAACUUUUAGAGGCCGAAUCUGCUGAGCUCGCCGACAGAUUAGUGAGAGGUCAAGUUUCUCGUGCGGAAGAAGAGGAAACUGCGUUUGUAGUGCAAAGGGAAUUGGCUGCUCUUCGACACACGCAUCUUGAGACCAGUCAUCAGCUCGAACAGGCUCACGAGGAACUCAGAUCGUUGUCUCUUCUUUUAGAGGAAAACGUGAGCUCGCGACAAUCGUCGCUCGACGAGAUCCUGUUGAAGCAGGAAGCUUUAUCGCAAAAGGAGGAACUGAUACAGUGCCUACAAGAGGAAUUAGUUAGAGUCAGACUGAGCGAGGCUGAAAAUGGUGCAACGAUCAGGGAACUCAGGGCUAGAAUACAGGAAUUGGAACAAGACAAAAAGACUUUACGCGAAUCAACGCCUGAUAAUUCUGUCGCUCAUUUGCAGGAAGAACUGAUCGCUGUUAAACUCAGAGAAGCGGAAGCUAAUCUCUCUUUGAAGGAUCUCCGACAAAGAGUUAUGGAAUUAAGUGCUGCGUGGCAAAGGCAUUUACAGGAGCAUAGAUCUGCUCAAUCCGCUCCGGCAGCGGAUUCGACACCGAAAAAGUUACUUUUUUGGGAGAACAGAGGUCACGAAGUUCAAAAGUACGAGGAAGAUCUGAUGACCACCAGAAUUCGAGAGAUGGAAGCUCUUACUGAAGUCAAAGAACUUAGGCUUAAGGUCAUGGAACUCGAAACUCAAGUACAGGUCGCUACGAAUCAAUUACGUAGGCAAGAUGAAAAUGGGAAAGUACUUAAGGAAGAAUUGGAGAACGCACGUGCUGCGGAAAAAGUUCUUGCUGCCAAGUUACGAGAUGAACAGCGUAAGUACGCCGAUUUGGAAUCGAAAAUGAAAGAUGAAACCAUGAUGGCUAGGAUACGUGACGCUGAACAUGCUCAACAAGUUGCUGAGCUCACGCAGAAAAUUUCUUUGCUCGAAUUAAAGAACGAAGAAAUGCAUGCGGAAGGUGAACUAAGAAAUAAUUUAGAUGACAGUGAGAGAGUAAGAGAACUUCAAGAUAAAGUUGCGGAACUAAAAGCAGAGGUCAUGAGGUUAGAAAGUUGGAAACAACGUUGGACCGGCCAUGGUGAUCAUCAACCCGUUCGAAGUUUUAGCAUCGACACUGAGAGUGAGUUAGACGAGCGGGAUCUGAGGAUUUGUCUACCAGAUCAUAUCAACACGACCACUCCAAACUCACCCGAGAUUGUUGAAACUGAGACCGAACGAGGUAAUCGGGAGUACUUGUAAGACAAAAAAAAGAAAAGAACAGAAAAAAAAUGAUUAUUGCCCGGGUAACUCGUUCCUUAACAGUGACCUUCCUAGGAUGUGAUAGUAACUUCUGACGUAAGUAAAUCGCGUUUUGAGAAAGCAGAAGCAUAACGAAAAGCUAUAACAAAAAAAAAAGGAAACGUAAAUAAGAAAAAAAAAUAAGCUGCUGCUUUGUCUUUUUUAUCAAAGCAAUUUCAUUUUAGCCUACAUAUGUAAUAGGUAUUUUAUAUAUAUAUAUAUAUGUGUGUAUAUAUAUAUAAAAUAUACAUAUAUAUAUUUAUAUUUAUAUUUAUAUUUAUAUUUAUAAGAUAUAUAUUUCACGACGUUUACGUCGAUCUUUUCUUCGCUUUGGCCUAAUAUCUUAUACGUCCAUAAUUUCUUUUUAUUUUUAUUUUUAUUUUUUUUAUUUCUUCUCUUUUGUAAAUAAGUAAUUGUCAGAUAAAAUAUUUCUGCGAACACUGUAGAGAAAGCGAAUUUGCACUGAUUCAUGAAGAUUAGAAUUUAUUGAUAGAGAUUUAUUCGUCAUAAAUUUCUUCUUCUUCUUCUUAUUAUUAUUAUUGUUAUUAUUAUUAUUAUUCGCUUUCGUGCAUGUGUGCGUGUGAAAUUUGCAUGCAUGUUGCGGUAUCUUUGUUCGAGCGAGCACUGAUAACACGGUUAUGAAAAUAAUAUUUUUAAUUAUUAUUAUUUUUUUUUUUUAAAUUAUUGCCUUUUGCAAUAGGUUCAAGUAGCACGUAAGAACGUCUUAACUAAUGAAAUUGAAAUUUUUUAACUGUUCGAUACAGGCUAAUCUUGGGAUUUACGAUAACAAAAAAAAAAGAUUUGUUGAUUUUUGUCGUCUCGAAGAGAGUAGGUAUAUGCAUAUAAAGAAAAUCAUCAAAUUGUUAUUCAUCUAUUCAUUGCGUGUAAUUUGUUUCGUGUAAGGGUAUAUAUUGAAAAGAAAAAGCGUAUACGCAUUUAAAAAAGAACACACACACACAUACAGGGUAAAAUUAUGGAAAAAGAAAAUACUUUAUUAUUUCUUAUUUACAUACAUAUAUAUAUACACAAUAUAUAUACACAUAUAUAUAUACAACAUAUAUACAUAUACAUAUACAUAAAUACAAGACACUUUCCAUAUUUCAUGCAUAUAAAAUAUUAUAAUUACACGUAUACAGAUAAAAGAAGGAAAAGAAAAGAAAAGAAAAGAAAAAAACAAAAGUGCGAAGCUUAUCAACUUUCUCUGCACUGUUACAUUUUUUAUAUAAAUAUGUAAAUGUAGGCUGCACUUUUGAUAAUAUAUUAUCGCAUUGUAUUCCGAGUAUAAUACGUAUGUACAUCGAUAUCGUAAAGUAAGUUCUGCAAAUCCGUCUUCGUAGUUAACUUUUUUAGAAUUUCGUCGUGUCCGCUUCGUGUUCGAAAAAGAAUGAUUUUUAUCGAAUUAUCUUAUUGAAGAGAAGUGGCAAUUAAUUUAUAGUUUCACGACGACUAACGUAAGAAAAUAAAAAUUGAUUUAACUUCGUCGAACGUUAA